CAACAACCAGGAUUGCAGUUGCAUUAAAACCUCAGGGAAGAAGAAGAGCCAGAGAAUUGAAAACACAAGUGGCGGGUCUCUAAACUGCGGUUUAACUGUGGAACGGGACUUUGUACUGGUGAUAUUCAAGCUACAAUCAUGGUUUCGCGAAGCAAGAAGGCUUUUAGGAUAAUGCUAACUACCGCUGGCCACACUGUUUAGCAGCUUCGGGGGCUCCUUCGGUUGCUUCUAAUGGUAGUUAACGUUAGCUAGCUACCAGUAGUGUCUUCUUUUGUAUUACCAGCGCCUCAUUAAAGACAGUAUCCUACCUGAUUCUUAUCCACUAAAACAGUCGUAACUGUACAACUUAUUUAUAUAACGGUUACUUCGAUGAUGUGUUUGUGAGUCGUCCAGUAACAGAAAUGAACAGCAGUUAAAUUAUUCUAGCGACAGUUGAAACUUGUGUAUUAGUAUUAUCGUCACACCGCUCGGUGCGGGAUAUCCAGUGAAACCAUAAAGCAUGUCAAUCGCCGGAAAAGUCAUCCCACACACCCCGCUGGCCGUGGACUUCUGGCAUGUACGGAAGUGUCCAGGCACACGGUUGUUUUUCCUGUCCCACAUGCACAGUGACCACACGGCGGGUUUGACCUCCACCUGGAGCAACCGGCCCAUCUACUGCUCACCGACCACUGCCACCCUUCUCAGACUCAGACUGCAGGUGAAAGAAAAGUGGAUCCAUCCGUUAGAGCUUGGUGAGCCAUACCUGCUGCCACUGGAUGACAUUGGCAAGGAGAGACUGACCGUCACACUGAUAGACGCCAACCACUGUCCAGGGGCUGUCAUGUUUCUCUUUGAAGGCUACUUUGGCUCUAUACUGUACACUGGUGACUUCAGAUAUACUCCCUCUAUGUUGCGUGAGCCGUGCCUGAGGACCACUAUAGAUGUCUUGUACCUGGACAACACCAACUGUGACCCCAACCGCAGCCUCCCCUCAAGACAGCGAGCCACUCAAGAAAUCAAAGAGCUCAUCCGCAGCCAUCCCAACCAUAAUGUUGUCAUAGGCCUGUAUACACUGGGUAAGGAGUCCCUUCUGUUGGAGCUGGCAAUGGAGUUUAAAACCUGGAUUGAGGUGAGCUUUCAGAGGAUGGAAACCCUUAAAGCCCUGGAGCUGCCUGAUGUUUUCACCACUGACCCAGGAGCCGGUCGUAUCCGUGUUGUGGACCAGUCAGAGGUCUGCUCUGCCGCCUUACGCCAGUGGAACAGAGAACAACCCACUUUGGCCAUCUUGCCCACCAGCAGGCCCCUAGUUUCCUAUCACCCCAAGAUCUAUGUGGUACCCUACUCUGAUCACUCCUCUUACCAAGAGCUGGAGGAUUUUGUCUCUGCACUUAAACCUGCCUCUGUUGUACCCAUUGUAGGAAACUAUGUACCUGGAACCUUCUCUGCCUUUAUGCCCACAAGAAAGCGCCAUGAAAUCCUGGUGCCUGAGUCAGUCCGACACUACAUGUUGAGAGAGCCUGAGACCCAACUCAGCUCGUCGGUACACACCAGCCUCCGCUGCAGGCAUGUUCAACCUCUUUCUCCCAAAGGGGUAGUAUUUGAGUCUCCUGCAAGGGAGUCGAGGAAGUCAUGUGCAGAAGCCUGGGAGGCAGAGUGUCUGGAACAGGAUGCUUCUGAGGAAGACAUGGACACAGAAAGUAGUGAAAAAGACUCUGACUGUAUCCUUAUUGACCUAAGCAAGGACCUUCCCCGUAACACGCACAGCAGUGGACACAGAAACAUGUUGAAGCUCAACAUCGUGCAGACAGUAUCUGAAGAUAUGGCAAUGGCAGAUUCGGUGCCACUCAGUCAGCUCACCCAGAGCAACUUUGCCCCAGUGGAGAUCCUGCGAAACACCAAGGCCUGUUUGAUGCCUGUCAUGUCCACAAGAAAGCCAUGUGUAACAAAUGCCAGAACAAUCAGUGAGUCAGGAACUGAUUACGCUAAUCAGCAUAGCAGACAUGGAAACAAUCACACACUGUGGGACGAUGACAGCACGAGUCAGCUCAGUGGACAUGGAAUUGAUCAGAACUACAGUGUGACCUUAUUGCAGAGCACCCUCGAUAACGACUCCUGCACUUCAUCUUGCUCCUUGACCGUGCUGCAGCAAGACCACAUAGAGGAGGUUGAAGACAGCAUUUUAAAUGAUCUCCCCUUCACAGAGAAGGACUUUAAGACAUGGGGUCUCCUGCAAAAGAGCUUUGUGCAACAGUUUCCUCUCUGUCUUAGAUAUCAUGCAAAAGAGGAGGACAUCUCAGACAUAAUGUGACCUGAACUUCUAGUUUGUUUUUUGCCUUGCUCCAGAGGCCUUUGUGUUUACUCAUCAUACCAUUAUUUCAUUCUCUAAUUAUCCUUCAUUGUGCCUCCAUUUUGUGCAAGUGGUCUGCAGCUUAGAUUUGUGAUCACGACUUUGUCCUUGGACUGGACCUGUAAAGUAUUGAUUAACCUGAGGCCUCACUUUUUAUUAUGGUAUGGUCACCUCUUGAAUAUUUAAUCCAGGGCAGAUUGCUGCAGUUCAAAAAAUUCGUUUCUCAUUUAAAAAAAAAAACCUAAAUAAAUAAAUAUUGUUGUCAUAGAAAAACUAAUUGACUUAUUGACUGGUAUAUGCGUAGAUGCAUAAUUGCACACCAUGAUGUUAGAUGUUAAGUCACAUUUUCACUGAAUAGACAAGUCAGCUGAUCAAUAUGUAUUCAGAGCCAACUGACUUUUUCCUUUUUUUUUUUCUUUUUUUUUUGCUUGAGCCAUACAAAAUUUUUGCGUGUGUGUAUCGUCUAUAUUUUGGGUGCACUUUUUAGUCAAGAGGAGGUUGCUGCUCUGGUAUUUUAUAAUGAAAAACCAAACUCCUCCUGCUAAAUGUAAUUGUCUCUAACUGCACUCAUGUCUGGGGGUUUUGAAGAUAUUGUUUAAAGUAAAACCUUUUUCUUUCAUAUGCUUUGGCUGCGAAAAUGUUCUUUCUUGUGACACGAUAAUGGGCCACUUCCAAAAUACUUCUCACCCUGACAUUUUUGUAUGCAGUCAAGGUAUAAUUUAAACUGCAUGACUGCAUACUGAAUAGCACUUUUUCUUCUGACUUCUUACAGUAGCUUCUGUUUUUUGUAGUUUGUUUUGUAACCCAUGAUCGUGUUUGCCAACUCCGAAAGUAGCUGCUGUUUAUACUUUCUACAUGUUUUGAUUAGAGGUGAACCAGUGGUGUGCACACUCACUCUUGCAAAUCUUACCUGUUGGAUAUUUUGGGAUUGUAAUGUACAUGUUUUCUGAUUCAUUUCUUGUGAAGUAAAGAAAAUGGGAAUCCAAACUGUAAUACAUGUAACUGUAUUCUGUUGAAUGUAGGUCCCUUCUGUGUUAAUUGUUUCUUUAAUAAGUUACUCUCUGAUCUGCAAAACAAUUUGCAAAAUUCACUUUUUAAGUUUGAUAAUCCCUCAUACUAUAGCACAAAGAUUUUUGUCAGCGUAAACUGUACAGGUAUGAUGAGGAUUUGCAACCUUCUCUGUUGCAAUGCUGUUAUACUCCCCUUAGAUGGCAGUAGUUUGUCAAAGUUUUCAGCAGAUCUUUUCACUCUGGCUUCCUUCUCAUUUAGUGAAGGUUUUAGGUUUCUGCAGUAUGUUGGAUUUCUAUGAAGAAAAGGCAAAAAAAUAUGCAUGUUUGGUAACAGCAGCCUCAACAGUAAGAACUUGCUUCCAAGCAAAAUCCUGUCAUUCAUUGUGCCAAAGGAGUGUAGUUUGGAGAUCUAUAUGCCUUUCGGAUCUGAGUAAGAACCACAGAAUACCAGCAUCAUUCACCAGUCACUAAUGAAACCUGUCUGUCACCUCAUAGAGACUGAAGUCCACAAUCCAACCACAGUUAGUUUGUUGAAAUGCACUAUGUGUUUAGAUAUUUCAUAGAUCCUUCAGAGCUAUUGGAACUCAUUCAUCUGCUGCACGUCCCCAGAUCAGCCUUCACCACGAGCAGUGUCGUGGCUCUAAACAAACUCCUCAUCCUAGCAGGUCCCAUUAGGCUGGUCUUUGAAAAACUGCCUCAUGAAAAGCUGUUGCUGUCUGCAGUUGAGAAACCUCGGAGGUGUCAUGCUGAGACAUCCUAAAGUCACUAUCAGUGGGUUGUCACAUUGACAUGAGCUGCCAACAGGAGUCUUCUCAUGUGCUCAUAAAGAAUGAAUGAGCAGCCCCUGCAUGUUGGCAGAGGGAGAUCUGGGAUUAACAAUCAGCCACAGGCUCAGAGGUGACUUGUGCAGGCAAAUACUUAAAUAUUGCUGAAAAAUAUUCCUACCUUUUACCUAAGCAGAGAUGCCUACACUGU